CCGAACUAUAAGGUACCGUCGAUUCCGAUGCCGAACGAGAGCAACCAGUAUCCGCAAUACAUUCCCAAAAUGACGAGUUCCUCCGCGGGCGCGAACGUCCGGGCAGCCCGUGAUGAUCGAAUCUACAACGCAACUUCGCAAGCAGCCGCCAUGGCCGCAUCGGCAGCCGCCUCGGCGGCAGCUGCUGGACUACCGUCACAGCAGAUCCACCAGAUGCCGUCCGCAGUCCACCAAUACCAAUACAAUCCCCUGCACGCUCCCGUGAGCGGCGUGCCCUCGCAAGCUGCGCGCAGAAUGCUCGCUCCCCAAAGCAUCGCGCCGAAUUCCCACGAUGGGUAUCCGCUCUACCGGAGACAAGUCUGACGAGACCCGUGCCUCGCUGACGUCCUUAUGGAAUCCGAACGAAUUCCUCCGACUUGUUAUGAGCUCUGAAUCGGAUCACUACAG